GUGAGGAAAGUUGGAUUCCUAUCCUAUAAUAGAGGGAAGUGUGAGGGGGCAAUUGGGUUCAUGUUUUGGUGGGUUCGCCGAUCGAUUUCUUUGCGAAGAAUUGAAGAUGAUGGCCAUAGACGGAAGUGUUGAUGAUGCCGGUACAUUCCUUGGAGUUGAGGAGUUCCCUCCCAAUUUCAAGGAAUACAUACAUAAGGAACGACUCAACUGCUCGCGAUUUGAAGGAGAUAAAUAUAUUUUUGGGCGUCCGGGUCGUGGAUGGGUUUUCUGGAGCCAACAAGACCACCAGACCCAACCCGAUAAUUUUGCGGACUUAAUCAGACACGCUCUCCAAAAAUUGAUAUUCAAGAAGGAACUUAGUCGGCACCUAGUUCAAUUUUGGGCACCCACAAAAACGUCCGAGGGGCGGACUUUGCUUACUACUCAAUUCCAACCUUUUGCCAUUGGCACAGCAGAACACAAUCCGGAUGACACCCGUAAGCUUUGUGAGUACAGGAUGGGGAUGUGUAGGGAGUAUAACUCCUUCUACGCAGAUGCAGAGAGUGGAGAAGAACAACUUGGGCUUCCUGGCCGUGUCUUCCUCCAUCAAUUCCCCGAAUCCAUUCCGUUUGUGAUGCAUUACUCUCUGAAAGAGUAUCCACAACGCAACCUUGCUGUACGUUGUUGCAACAUAAAUGGAUCUUGUGCUGUGCCAGUGUUCGACCAUUCCAGCCACACCUGUGUCGGUGUACUUGAGAUUGUGUCUCUGCACUUCCCGGAUCGAGUUUCGUAUGACAAAUCUUUCCUUGGCCAAAUGUAUGACAUUUUUCAGGAGUUUGGUCUGCUAUGUUUUGAUGGAUAUAAACACUACGAAAUGCAAAUCGGGGAUGAAAAUAAAGCACGCACAACUGCCUUCCAGGAACUCAAGACGGUGUUGGAAAGGGUGUGCAAAAUUCAUGAGCUACCCUUGGCUAUGACAUGGGUCCCUUGCAGUGCUUGCAAACAUUUACUGCGAGGGCAACUCCUGUCUGAGGGUUUGGAAUUUUGUGGGCACUCAAACUUCUGGCAUAAUAUGUUUGUACUAGUCAGUAAAUCCUGUCACUUAAGAAAGGGAGGGGUUGCUGGGAUGGUACUUUUACCUCCUAACAUGUUAUAUUGCUCGGAUAUAACCCAACUCAGCUUAGCUGAGUACCCCUUGCUACCCUAUGCACAACUGUGCAAUUUCCAUGGUUGGUUCACAAUAUGCUUGCAGAGCAGUUACACUGCAAAUGACAUUUAUGUACUAGAGUUCUUUUUGCCCACGAGCGAAAGAUACCAUGACAACUCAUGGACCUCAUUGAGCUUGAUAUUGGGGACGAUGGAGGAAAAUUUCAGAACUUUUAAGCUUGCUUCUGGCCAAGAACUGGGGGAUUUAUUAUCAGUUGAAGUUAUGGAUUUUCAGAAUGGACUAAAACUUCAUUCUGUUAAAAAGAUCCAAGCUAAGGGUAGAGGAGUGAUGUUGCAGCCAGGUCAUCUGGAUCAGCCACCAAUGGAUGCCAUAAGCAAUGAAACGAAUGUCGUUAGUGAGGCACAAAAGUACAAUUUGCCUAGUCUUGAACCCUUGCAGAGUGGAAAAGUUACCACGCAACUAGAUUCAUCUGAUCAGCUGUCAAUGGAUCAUUCAAAAAAUGCACAUAAUGUCAUCACUACAAAACGAAACGUCAUCAUGGUUACUAGUUCAGAUUCAGAACGAAUUGAAGUUUCUUUGGAUGAUAUUCUUAAAUAUUCCAAAAAGAGCCGUAACGAUGCCGCAAAGAAACUCCAAGUUAGCAUAUCGACAUUGAAGCGUGUAUGUAGGGGUUAUGGUAUUGAUAGGUGGCCACCUCGCAAUCGUGACAUAAAAAAGUUCCGUUCCUUUCGGCCCUCGCCUGCUGAGAACAAGGGACAAACCCGACAAUGUCAAAAUUCUGAUUUGCCUUCAAAUCAAGCCUCAGAUAGUGUUCCUCACACAAAGUCAGCAUUCCAAGAUGCGGAUAUAGUGACAAUUAUGGCAAAAUAUGAAAAUAAUACAAUCAAGUUUCUGCUUUCUUUGCCGUCUAGAUUAGUAGAUCUUCAGCAAGAAGUGGCUAAAAGACUGGACCUAGAAGCUGGAACUUACUACGUCAAGUAUAAAGACGAGAAAAAUGAUUCGAUUUUAAUAGCCUGCGACAAGGACUUACAGGGUUGUAUACAUACUUUUAAAUCAUUGGGCAACAAUUCGGCAGUGGUGCUGCUUGAGCUCAAAUAGCCUAGUAUCCAUCGACGUUCUUGUAGUUUUUGACAUCAUUUGUUUUAACUCUUGUGAUUUUCGAGUGCUUUUUUUAAUGGUAUUACUGCUGCCCCAGUGAAAAGAUCA